CAAAAUGGCAGAAUUUUGGAAAAAGAGGUUAGAGCUGCUGACAAUAAAUUAGUUCUAAAAAAUUCAAAAAUAAAUGCAGUCUCUUAUUUUAUAGCUCGAUUAACUCAAUACCAUCAGUAAUCGUUAUAGCUCUUGUUUAUUUUUUUAUAAGUUGUAACUUAGAACCAUUGCUGAUUACCCACGGUUUAGUGCAACUUUGCAGCUAUGGCUGAAGAGCGACGGCAGAAGCAGUGUUCGGUGGUCCUGCCAACGGAGUCUAUGAAGGCCAUGGCGGAGUCCAUAGGAGUGGGACAGCUACAAGAGGAGAGCUGUGUCGCCCUGAGCGAGGAGGUCAGCUACAGGAUAAAGGAGAUUGCACAGGAUGCCCUGAAGUUCAUGCACCAUGGCAAGAGACGCAAGCUGACCACCAGCGACAUCGAUCACGCGCUCAAACUAAAGAAUGUGGAGCCCCUGUAUGGGUUCCAGUCACAGGAGUUCAUACCCUUCCGCUUUGCCAGUGGCGGUGGGAGAGAGCUUCAUUUCUACGAGGAAAAGGAAGUGGAUCUCACUGACAUCAUCAACACACCCCUCCCCAGAGUCCCACUCGACGUCUCACUCAAAGCUCACUGGUUAAGUAUUGAGGGUGUCCAGCCUUCCAUACCAGAGAAUCCUCCCCCUGCCCCCAAGGAGCAGCAGAAGGCAGAGUCCACGGAGCCUCUGAAAGCCGUCAAACCUGGUCAGGAGGAAGAGGGGGCCCCUCAGGCUAAAGGGCAGGGGGCCACGUCAGCAGAGAGCAAAGGCAAGGACAAGGGCCUGGUGAGGAUGAAGCCCCGCAGCACCCACGAGCUGUCAGUGGAGCAGCAGCUGUACUAUAAGGAGAUCACAGAGGCCUGCGUCGGCUCCUGCGAGGCCAAGAGAGCUGAGGCGCUCCAAAGCAUUGCCACGGACCCUGGCCUGUACCAGAUGCUCCCCAGGUUCAGCACCUUCAUCUCCGAGGGGGUGCGUGUGAAUGUGGUGCAGAAUAACCUGGCCUUGCUCAUCUACCUGAUGAGGAUGGUCAAGGCCCUGAUGGACAACCCCACCCUCUACCUAGAGAAAUACCUGCAUGAGCUCAUCCCGGCCGUGGUGACGUGCAUCGUGAGCAAGCAGCUGUGUCUGAGGCCCGACGUGGAUAACCACUGGGCCCUGAGAGACUUCGCCGCCCGCCUCAUGGCCCAGAGCUGCAAAACCUUCAGCACCACCACCAACAACAUCCAGUCUCGCAUCACCAAGACCUUCACCAAGAGCUGGCUGGAUGAGAAGACCCAGUGGACCACUCGCUACGGCUGCAUCGCCGGGCUGUCUGAGUUGGGGCCUGAUGUGAUCAAGACCCUCAUCCUUCCCAGGCUCUCUGUGGAGGGUGUCCGCAUCAAAGCCGUGUCGGAGGGACCCGUCGUCUCCAACAUCGAUAAGAUCGGCGCUGACCACGUCCAGAGCCUCCUCCUGAAACACUGUGCCAGUGUUAUUGCUAAGACCCGACCCCUGCCGGACAACAUGGAUCAGUACCGGGCCGACUAUGGCUACCUGGGCCCCAUGCUGUGCUCCCACGUGGUGAAGGCCCGAGCCCAGGCUGCCCUGCAAGCCCAGCAGGUCAACAGAACCACGCUGACCAUCACACAGCCUCGGCCGACGCUCACAGUGACCCAGAGUGGGCUGGGGGGGUCUGUAGGGUCUCGUACCCCCAGCAUCAUCAAGGUCCCCAGCUCACUCACCCUGAUGUCCACCCGCCCCGGCACGCCCACACAGCCCUCCCCCCCGGCAACCAAGUACAUCGUCAUGGCGACCAGCGCCGGCGCCGCAUCCACCCAGCAGGUUAUCACCCUGAGCACCUCCCAGUCUGCCUCCCCCAUCACCAGCACUGUGCCCAGCGGAGCGUCCACCCUGCAGCCCCUUGUCAAGCUAGAAUCUCAGGGACCCGGGGGCCUUGGGGGGUCCAGACCCCUGCAGAAGUACAUUGUGGUGUCUCUCCCCACCUCCGCCUCCUCCUCCCUGGAGAACAAGAGCUCCAUGCUCCCCCCCUCCACCUCCCCCAUCUCAGUGGAGGCGGGGAUGAAGAUGGACCGCUCGGAAUCGCCAGGAGCCAGCACGCAGUCCCCACACUGAGACAGGCUGCUGAGGGUGAUGACAGAGACCCUUACCCCUCUUAAGUGGGCUGAGACUGGGAGGAGAAGUGGGACCUUGGGGGUUGGGGGUGAAAUGGAUACGUUAUAUGAUGGAUAAAGAGCUGAGGUGAAGGACUGAUGCAAAUGCCAUCCCACUCCUAGCGUAUUGUAUAUAUAUUCAUGCCCGUUAGAAACUGUAUGGGCAUUUAUUAUUGUCGACCAACAUAAUUGAUUUCAUGUUUCCUUUUUCACAUUCUAUAAUAAACAUGAUUUUGUAUUGA